AUGAAUCUUCAUCCUACUUGGCUAGACAGCCUUUUCCCAUGUCUGAUAUGUAUGUUGGUCACCGUGGCGGGAAAACGUCCAAACAUUGUCUUCAUUGUGGCCGAUGAUCUAGGAUGGAACGAUGUUGGAUUUCAUAAUCCCGACAUGAUCACACCGAACAUCGACAAGUUGGCAAACAUGGGCGUAAAAUUGAGUCAGUCUUAUGUACAACCAGUAUGUUCACCAUCAAGACAUGCCUUUAUGACAGGAUACUACCCAUGGAAGGCUGGUCUACAGCACCUAGUGAUAAAUGACGUAGUGGAUGUUUGUUCCCCCUUGAAUUACACAUUUUUUCCCAUGAAACUGAAAAACGCUGGCUAUGCUACACAUGCCAUCGGAAAGUGGCAUCUUGGAUAUUGCAGCUGGAACUGUACACCACAAUAUCGUGGCUUUGACUCUUUCUACGGAUACUUCAACAGUCGUAGUGACUACUUCACGCACUAUGAACGGCAAUUUCUCGAUUUCCAUGAUGGAUAUGAGGCGGUAUGGGACAAAAAUGGAUCUUACUCAGCGCACUUGUACGCAGAAAGGGCGGAGAGGAUUAUCUCGGAACAUAACACCACGAAACCCUUGUUUCUAUAUUUGCCCUACCAAAAUGUACAUGAACCGUUACAGGUUCCUCCAGAAUAUGAGGCACUUUACCCCAAUGUAAAGAAUCGUGACAGGAAAACAUUCUCUGGAAUGGUGACUGCCUUAGAUGCGGCUAUAGGUCGUGUGGUGUCCGCCCUCCAGAAGAAAGGUCUUUAUGAGGAUACAAUGUUCUUCUUCACGCCGGAUAACGGAGGUUGGAUAAUAAGAGCGGGUAACAACUGGCCGUUAAGGGGAGGCAAAAUUACAAUUUGGGAAGGGGGAACCAGAGUUGCGGCUUUUAUUGCUGGUCCCCGGCUUCUAAAGACAAACUACACAUUUAACGGAUUGAUUCAUGCUGUUGACUGGAAUCCAACUAUACUCUCAGCGGCCGGGAUCAAGGCAGAUCCAGGAAUGGACGGGAUCGACCAAUGGCCAGCAAUCAGUACUGGCGGGGAGGGACAGAGAAAGGAAUUUAUAUACAACCUGGAUGAUGUGGUGCCUGCAACACAAGGACAUGCAGGCAUCAGAGUUGGUGACUUCAAACUGUUGGCAGGAAAUACGGGCCUCUACAAUGGCUGGUACCCGCCUGAACAAAUUUACACGGAAGACAACAUACACCAAUGGGAGCCACAUAUGGGGAACCAAUCCUACUAUAAGCUCUACAAUUUGAGAAAUGACCCGAAUGAGUACCACAACCUAGCCGAUUCUAAUCCGUCCCUUGUAAAGGAUCUAGCUUCACGAAUGCGCGAGUAUCAUCGGCAAAUGGUCCCCGCAAAAAACCCACCCGAAGAUCCCGCCGGCAAUCCAAAAUUUUAUGGGAAUGUUUAUACUCCUGGGUGGUGUAAACAACCAAUGAAAUAG